UUGAGAAAACCCAAUAAUCCCAAGCAGCCUCUGUAUUGAGAAAAUAGAUAUGAGAUCAAUUCAUUCCUCUGCUUCAUCAUUACUCCCCAUUUUUCAACUUCUCAUUCUAUGCAUAGUACUCAAUGGAGUGGGCUGUGAUACCACAAUUCCCCAAAGAAAAACAAUCGAAAUAAUAAUUGGUGGCGGCGGUGGCUAUUACCCUCCCGCUCCCUCCCCAGACAUCGAAGACUGCCCCCCUCCUCCUCCACCUCCUUGUGAGCCCCCACCCCCGCCUCCAUCGCCUCCACCUCCAUCACCCCCGCCUCCAUCGCCUCCACCUCCAUCACCCCCGCCUCCAUCGCCUCCACCUCCACCAUCUCCACCUCCGCCUUCUCCACCACCGCCGCCUCCAAAGAGAGACGAAAACGAGCUACUUAAUAUUGCAAGAGAAACCAUUCUAAAAUUCAAAAAAAAAAUCCUUAUAGAUCCAAAGGGCGUUCUUAAAUCAUGGAGGGGUAGCGACGUUUGCAAGUACAGGGGAUUUACUUGCGACAAACGCCCUGACCGUGGCCUCCGAGCGGUCGCUGGAGUAGACUUUAACGGCUUCGGAUUCGAAGGCAUCAAUUGUACUUUGGGUCUAGAAGAUUUCAUUGACGGGUUAAAGGACCUUGCCUUCUUCCACGUGAACUCAAACAACUUCACCGGCGGCGUCCCGAAAAUCGGCACUAAUAUAAUUCGCUACCUUUACGAGCUUGACCUUAGCAACGGUAAGCUAACAGGGCCGUUUCCCAAGGAAGUUCUAAAGGCCACAAAUCUAACAUUCUUGGACCUUCGUUUUAAUAACUUCUACGGGGAGGUCCCAGGUGAUGUAUUUAAACUCGACGUCCAAGUCAUCUUCCUCAACGACAACAAAUUCGAGGGUUACCUUCCUUCGACUCUCCAAUGCACACCAGCCCUUUACCUCACUUUCGCCAGGAACAAAUUCUCAGGACCGAUUCCUUCAGGCAUCGGAUCAGGAAACACUACCAAUAACCUCCGCGAGGUUCUCUUCCUCGACAACCAGUUCUCUGGCUGCCUACCUUACGGAAUUGGGAAACUUAAAAACUUGACUCUGUUCGACGCUAGCACGAACCUCAUCACGGGUCCGAUACCUCACUCCUUCGGUUGCUUGUCUAAGAUCGAGCUCCUCAACUUGGCCAACAACCAAUUGUACGGUGAGGUUCCGGAGAGUGUCUGCAAGUUACCGAACCUGAGUAAUUUCACCUUGUCCGGGAACUAUAUCACUCAAGUGGGUCCAAUGUGCCGGAAGCUUAUAAACUCGAAGCGUCUUAAUGUGGAUUGGAACUGCAUUCGGGACCUUCCGAAACAGAGAUCCUUCGAGGAUUGUGGUCACUUCUUCUCUAAGGAUCAUCAAUGUCCCGAUGCAAAGAUGAUGAAUUACAUUCCUUGUAAGAAUCAGUGGUACCGUAAGUCUUCGUCGUUGACCAGUACUACUGACCAGUCUGCCACUGACGAAGAAACACCUGCGCCGGCGCCCACUAAGUCGGUGACUUACGGCGCUUUAUCACCGCACGGAUUGUAAUAAGAUAGGUUUGAUAGAUAUUAACUUGUUCGUUGGGGCAGACUGAUGUCAAUUUCAGUGGAUUUGUCGUUUACUGUUUGAUCAUUUUAAUUUCAUGCUUAAUAAUAAAUCAUCUUAAAGUUGUAUAUCAUCAAUGUAUCCUAUUUUGGCGUCUCAAAUAGGGACGUGGAAUAAUAUAUAUAUAUAUAUAGAAUAAAUUAAGGGAAA